AUGAGAUUCCGUUUUUUGUGCCUUUUUGCAACUCUUGCAACUUUCACUACAAGUUUUGCAGAUGAUAGUAAAUCCAGCUUCGUAGAACAGCUACUAUCAGAUGAUGGGAAUAAAACUAACAACACUGAUGCCACAGAUGGAAAAGAAACAAUUGAGGAACAAUACGAUGGAGAUAACUCCAUUUCGUUGACCAACGGAACUGAUAAAUCUUCUUCUAAUCCAACAAGUUCCGUUGGUCCAGAUGCCAAAACGACGACACCAAAGUCCAAACCAAGAGCUCCUUCCUUCACAUGA